CCGAUCAUACCGUGUGGAUACAAAACAAGGUAUCGGCUGGUGCAUAUACACGUGUUCAAGCUUCCGUAGUAAACGGAGGGGAUGGAACAUUCGCCGACGAAUCUGAAAGGGCUCACAAAGGUUAUUCUUUGAAUAUUCCUGAUCGUGUAAAACAAUAUUGGCUCGGUUUCGGCGUUGAAGGAUCUUUUGAACACGAUAAAUGGCGUGGCCCAUUCACUAAUGAUGGGGAUAGGUGUUUUCACUUUCAUGGUGUUUUAGAAAAUUGGGAAGUCUUUGAUUGUUAA